UGGGCAUCGUUCUCUUUGCAAUUUCCAACCCCUACUUGUGUCAUUUCUCUUGGUGUUUUGCUCGUUUUCGUGUGUAGGAACAGUCGAGGCGAGUGUGCGCCGGACGAGCGGGCGUCGUGCUCGGAGCUGCCUUGUAGCAUCCCCGGGCUAGCUGACGCCCGGCGGCCGGUUGGCGGCUGCUGGCCUUGAUGACACUUCCUUCCCAACAGGCUGGAGGGAGAGAGAGGGAGGAUAGCUCCGUAAUGCUAACCAGCUGUGCAAUCAACCAAACGUGGGGAUCCAAGUGAGCUCAAAGCCAUCUUCCAGAAGUAUGCCAGCGAAGUGGACAAAGAUGGGGAGAGGUUCAUGACCCCAGGAGACUUUGUCCAGAAGUACCUGGGCCUGCAAACACAGAUCCACCACAACCCCAAAACCGUGCAACUGCUGGCCGCUGUGGCCGACACCACCAAGGACGGGCUCAUCUCCUUCCAGGAGUUCCUUGCUUUCGAGUCGGUGCUGUGCGCGCCUGACGCUCUCUUCAUAGUUGCCUUCCAGCUCUUUGACAAGACUGGAACUGGAGACAUUUCCUUUGAGAACGUGCGGGACAUUUUCAGCCAGACCACGGUGCACCACCACAUUCCCUUCAACUGGGACUGUGAGUUUGUCCAUUUGCACUUUGGCCAUGACCGUAAGAAACGCCUCAACUACCUGGAAUUCACCCAGUUCCUGCAGGAGCUGCAGUUGGAACAUGCCCGGCAGGCCUUUGCCCAGAAGGACAAAGGGAAGAAUGGCGUCAUCUCCGCCUUGGACUUCAGUGACAUUAUGGCCACCAUCAGGCACCACAUGCUCACGCCCUUUGUGGAGGAGAACCUUGUCUCGGCAGCAGGAGGCGGCACCUCUCACCUGGUCAGCUUCUCUUACUUCAACGCCUUCAACUCCCUCCUCAACAACAUGGAGCUGAUCCGCAAAAUUUACAGCACGCUAGCCGGUUCCUGGAGUGACACGCUGGUCACCAAAGAGGAGUUUGUUCAUGCUGCCAACAAGUUUGGUCAAAUCACACCAAUGGAAAUUGACAUCUUGUACCAGUUAUCAGGCCUGCACUCUCCGUCAGGGCGCCUGAAUCUUGCUGACAUUGAGAGAAUAGCCCCUCUGGAAGAAGGAAGUCUUCCAUAUAACCUGGCUGAAACCCAAAAGCAGACUCAAGCUCAAGGGGACGGUUCGAGACCCGUGUGGCUCCAAGUUGCCGAAUCUGCUUACAGGUUCACGUUGGGCUCCAUCGCCGGAGCCACGGGCGCCACGGCCGUGUACCCCAUCGACUUGGUGAAGACCCGAAUGCAGAACCAGAGGUCCACGGGCUCUUUUGUCGGGGAGCUGAUGUACAAAAACAGCUUUGACUGCGCUAAGAAGGUGCUUCGCUACGAAGGCUUCUUUGGCUUCUACCGAGGUCUGGUUCCUCAGCUCAUCGGCGUGGCGCCAGAGAAGGCCAUCAAACUCACCGUGAACGACUUUGUGCGAGACAAGUUCACGGACAAAGACAAUUCCAUCCCUUUCCUGGCCGAAAUCUUGGCCGGCGGCUGCGCCGGAGGCUCCCAGGUGAUCUUUACCAACCCUCUGGAGAUAGUCAAGAUCCGUUUGCAGGUGGCGGGGGAGAUCACCACCGGGCCUCGAGUUAGCGCGCUCAACGUGGUGCGAGACUUGGGCUUCUUUGGCCUCUACAAGGGAGCCAAGGCCUGUUUCCUGAGGGACAUCCCCUUCUCUGCCAUCUAUUUCCCCGCCUACGCCCACCUCAAGUCUUCCAUGGCUGACGAACAAGGAAGGCUCGGACCCUUGCAGCUUCUCACGGCCGGAGCCAUUGCAGGCAUCCCCGCGGCCUCGCUGGUGACGCCGGCCGACGUCAUCAAGACUCGCCUGCAAGUGGCCGCCCGGGCGGGUCAGACCACUUACUCCGGGGUCACCGAUUGCUUCCGGAAGAUCAUGCGGGAGGAAGGCUUCCGAGCUCUCUGGAAGGGAGCGGGAGCUCGUAUGUGCCGGUCCUCUCCCCAAUUUGGUGUGACUUUGUUGACCUAUGAACUCUUGCAGAGGUGGUUCUAUGUUGACUUUGGAGGACAUCGGCCGUCAGGCUCCGAGCCCACGCCCAAGUCUCGCAUCUCGGAGCUGCCCCCCAUCAACGCCCAUCACGUGGGAGGCUACCGCCUGGCCGCCGCCACCUUCGCUGGAGUGGAGAACAAAUUCGGCCUCCACCUGCCCAAGUUCAAGUCCUCGGGCGUGGUGUCCAUCCACCCCCCGGAGCCCGCCGCACGCGCUCAGUCCCCGUAGGGUAGGUCUGAGCGUUCGUAUCGCAUCUCCACCCAUAUUUACGACAGCGGCGACUAAAGGCUGCCUCCGUUUGUGUGCAGCCCAAAACAGCAGCAUAGAUGCGGUGGCUGUCAUAGAUUCAAGAACAACGACAGUGUGGCGUUGUCCCACGCCCUACCUAGCCAAUGGUGGCGUAGCAACCUGCUCACUGUGCAGACUUCAGCACUUUGAUAUAUCUUCAGUGGCUGUUCAUUGGUGAAAUCACUCCAGAAUCCAUACGCAUUAUCAUGAGUAGCUUUGAUUUUUUGUUUGUUUGUUUUCGUCUGUUACUUUUUGCGAAUAGGGCUGGCCAUAGAAAAUGAUUAGCUUGUUAACGGUGUGUUGUGUGUAGGGUUGCGGGAAAUUUGGAACUUCUAAGGCACUCGUAAGUUAUUUGGGUUUUUCCCCUACAAAAUUGAAGUUCCCAAAUUAGAGCCAACAUGAAAUGUUGUAAAUUCCUGCCAUAUGAUCUCAUGUCCAGUUUCAAAAUGCAAAUGUCAAGAAUUUUGCAACCCUAAUUGUGAGUGUGGGGGACAGGAGGAUGAAUUCUGUACAUAUUGUAAAAGUGAUAUGUUUAGGACGGACGGCGUCACGUGCAGUAUGCAUCAUGUAGAACUGUACAGAGAUAGCUACUGUGACGAGGCCACGUUGGUGCAUGGAGUGCUUCAUUGUAAUAUCACGGCAAGAGGCAGGCUUACGGGUGUACAGACCUUUGAGUUAUUAUCAGACCAUAUGCUUAUGAAUUUUAUUGAAAUAAAUCAUCCAUGUGGUUUUAUUC